AUGGAUAAUGGAGGCACUGGUGUUAUGGAUGUGUCGCCUGGUGGUACGCACACUUGGAUACCUGAAUGUGACGCAAGCGUGAACCCGUUUGAAGGACAGGAAUUCGACACAAUGGAAGAUGGGAUCACGUUCUAUACGACGUACGCUGGCAUAGUUGGAUUUGAUGUGCGUCGCAGUUUCGAUAAAAGAAACAGAUACGGCCAAAUUAAGAAAAAACAAGUGGUAUGUUCACGGGAAGGGUUUAAAGAGACAAAAAAUAAAGAGACUAUCGAGGAAGAAACAACAAAACAGAAGCGCCGGAGGACGACGAACAGAGUAGGAUGCCCUGCUAGACUUGUAUUGACGUUGAAUAAAGAGGGGAAGUAUGUAGUAAAGACAUUUGUAGACAGACACACACACGUCCUGUGCGAGGAGAAAUACAAAAGAUUCAUGAAAGUGAAUAGGAAAAUAGACAUCGGACAUCAAGAAUUCAUAACAAACUGCGGAAAGGUAAACGUUGGGGCUAGCAAGAGUUUUGAUAUAUAUGCCGAAAUGGUUGGUGGGCCCGAGAAUGUUGGAGCUACGCAACAAGACUUCAAGAAUUACAGGCGAGAGCUUUUGGCGUACAUGAAAGAGAAAGAUAUACAGAUGGUGAUAUCCCAAUACCUAGAGAAGAAAAAUGAUUGCGUAGAUAUGUAUUUUGAGUACGAUGUGAACGAGAAAGACCAAUUAGCUCGGGUGUUUUGGGCGGAUAGGCGGGCAAGACUGCACUAUGGGGCUUUUGGAGAUGUGGUGUCAUUCGACGCAACAUACAAAACUAACAGGUACAAUCUCGUGUUUGUCCCAUUCACAGGUAUAGACAACCAUAAGAGAUGCGUGACAUUUGCUGCGGGACUAAUUGAUAAAGAGGACGUGGAAUCGUAUAGUUGGAUCCUUAGAAACUUCAAGAAUGCUAUGGGGAGUACACCACCUAUCGUAAUAAAUGAUCAAGAUCCAGCUAUGAAGGUUGCGAUUGAAACGGAAUUCCUGGGGACUCGUCACCGUUACUGUAUGUGGCAUAUUAUGACUAAGGUGGGUGACAAAGUUGGUAAUACAUUAGCGAAGAACGAGGAGUUUCGGCGUGCAUUGAAUGCCGUUGUGUGGAACGAGGAAUCAACGACCAUAGGAUUUGAGAGCGCAUGGAAUGCAGUUAUUCAGAAGUAUGGCCUACUGGAGAAUCGUUGGUUGAAACGUAUGUAUGAUGAGCAUGCAUCAUGGGUGCCUCCGUUUUUUGACGAUGUGUUUAUGGGGGGCCUAUUGCGUACCACUUCACGUUCAGAAGCUGAGAACAGAAUUUUUCAAAGUAAUACUAAUAAGCAUUUAUGUCUUGUUGAAUUCUUCAAACGUUUUGAAAGUGCAGUUCGGAAACAACGCGACAAGCAUCUGGAACUUAGCGCAGCUUGCACCGGGCAAACACCACCUCUCAAGACCCUCCUGCGCAUAGAGCGAGAAGCAGCAAUGGUGUACACAUUGACUGUGUUCUCUGAUGUACAAAAAGAAAUAUGUGAGGGUUGGUCUACAUGCCGGGUGAGAUCGUACACCGAAGCUGAGGGGGUGAAGACAUAUGUGGUCGAAGACGGGACCAAUAAAAGAUACACCGUCAUAGUUGAGGAUGGGAGCAAUAAUACAAGUUGCACAUGUCGAUUAUACACAAAGAUCGGGCUGCUCUGUCGACAUGUAUUUGUAGUAUUAAAAGAUGAACGGAUCGACCACAUACCUCCACAACAUAUUACUCCAAGAUGGACCAAAGAGGCGGUGAAAAAUAUAGAAAAAGGUACAGGCGUAGGGAGACAAAUAUGGGCGAACAACAACGGACAUAAUACCACCGUGGAAGGGAAAGUUAUAAACACAAUUUACAGAUGUUUAGGCAUGGCUAGAGGUAAUGGUGAAAAAAUGCAACACAUUACAAAUGUGAUUGAAGAAUUGGAAGCAACACUGUGCGAUAAAGAAGUGAAUAGGGCAGAAGGGAACACGAAACGGGCAGUUAUGGAAGCAUAUUGUGGAGUUCCAGAGCCAGACACGAUUAAAGUGCACCCCCCCGAAGUUGCGAAGACCAAAGGUUCUGGCAAGCGAAUGAAAUCAGCCAAGGAGGUGGCAAUUAUUGAGCAAUUAAAAAAGAAGCGUACUUGCAAAACAUGCGGGUUGGCAGCUGGCCAUAAUAGCCGAAGCUGCCCACAGAAGUAA